UUUUCAUUUGUAUAGUCAGUUGGUAACAUUAUUAUUACGAUGGAGAAGUCCAAUUCAGAGAUACCUGAUUCCACCGAUGCGUGCGUAUCACCAAGUGAACUGCUCCAAAGGCCGUGGACGCUGUUUGAUAAUACAAAGCAGUGUGAAUCGAUGCUACGUGACAAAUUGCUUGAGUUUUUCAAGGGAGUUGUUUUGCUCAAACGACGUAGAAUCCGUAUUGCCGAUGAAGUAGGCAAAAAGCGGUCAACCCGUUCCGCUGCUAUAAAGCGUGCGUUGGCUUUGGCUAAAGCAGAUUCUAAGAGGGUGUACAACUCUGCUUCGACUCUUGGUGUAAAUGACCUUUGGACAUAUUUGGAAUCUGAGUUGUCUGGUGACAUUAAACUACUCACCGAGAAGCUCGAGAAGGUCUUGCAAACACAACCGCGUGGAAUAUUGAAAAGCGGACGUGGUGAUUUACAACAGCAGGGUAAUCGAAAUUCACACAUCAGUGUUGAUGAUAGUCCCCUAGAAAGGGGAAUGGAGGACGUGAGCUCCUCUUCUGAAUCAAUGGGUGAAAGUGAUACAGAAGAGGAAGACUAUGAUGAUGAUCAAAGUGACGAAGAAAGUGAACCCGGUUGGGAGACAGCCAGUGCUGAGGAUGAAAUAGACGGGUCGAAGGACGUUGGCACAUCUGACGAAAGUGAUUAUGAAUCGCCUGACGAUGGUCUCGAUGACACAAGUAUGGAUAAACGUGAUAAAGCAACAAAAGACCGUUUCUUUAAAAUGGAAGAGAUGGAAGAAUUUGCCAAUGGCGAAAUUGAAGAUGAGGAUGACUUUAACUAUUUCGAGUCCCUAGGUGAAGAAUCUGAUGAUUCGAAACCGGCUGUCGACAUGAUGUACGAUGACUUCUUCAAGGAACCUAGCGAGGACGGUGAUGAAGCAGAGGCUCUGCAUUGCUCCCGGGACCUUGAAGGCCUGGAUGCGGAUGAACGUGAAAUGGAGCUUUUGCUCCAGAGAGUUGAAGAGGAUGGAGAAUCUGAGGAUGAAUAUAGUGACCGUGACGAAUCGGAGUUGGUAGACUUUGAUCACAACAUUGAUCCUGAACGAGAAAGGCAGAUGGAUGAUGUUGACGACGACGAUGACCAAAUAUCGCAAGUUGAGAAAGACCUCAUUGCUGAGAAGCACUGGAGUUUAAUGGGCGAAGCUAGUGCUCGCAAAAGAGCGAGGAACAGUUUGUUAGACCUAGACCUUGAAUUGCCACAGAAUUCCGCCUUUAUACAUGCUGAGGCCGCAGGAGAGAUGGAUGGUGUUGUAGAGGAUGAUACCAUGGGACUUGAGGAGAAUCAGGAUGUUCCCAUAGAAAUUAUCAUACAGCAGCGCAUAAAAGCGGAGGUGUUCGACAACAUAGAGCGAAAGAUUGCACCAGAGGACCAGUUAGAGGCCAUUGAGCGGCUUAAGCAAAAGCGUAACAAGAUGAAUCAGGGAGCGGUAGAAAUCGAUUUUAACAAAAGCAAAAUGGGCCUUGGUGAUGUAUAUGCUCAACGUUACCAAGAAAUGUUUAUGGCUACAGACAAGUUAGACGCCCAUAAACAGAAGCUAGCUGAAGAUUUUGGGAAGAUUAUGUUCAAGUUAGACUCCCUGUGCAACUACCACAUUGUACCAAAACGUGUAAGUGAAGCGGAAAAGAAUAAGAACGUUGCAUCCAUUACUGUGGAGGCACCUAUAAACGUGGUUCCCGCUAGCCGGCACAAUGACGUCACGGACAUAUCGGAGGGCAACAAGCUUAGCAGAACCGCUAAGAAGCGUAAAUUCACGAACAAGAUCAAGGCAUUGCUAAAGAGCGGUAAAGCAACAGUCGAGGACAUUAAACGUAUGAAGCAAAAGAUGGUCGAGCGCAACCGUCAAAAGAUAGAAGACAUGCGAUCGGUUAAAGCCACUGGUCAAACAAAGGAGCGUGGAGCGAGGGAACAAAAACCGAGCGGUAGAGUGAAAAUUGCAGAGCUCAUGAACCGGCGUAAAUAAAAAUACGA